AUGUCCGAACGUCGAGAACGCAAGCCCUCCGUUGGUGCCCCCAUCGCCGACCUUCGAGGUCCCGUUGGUCCAGGGUUCAGCCGGCCCAAGCACAAACGUACCUUUACUGGCUUCGGGCCCGCGGAGAUCAAGAACGUUGAAGCGAGCAUUCCUGAACCGCUGAGGGAGGCAUGGCGGAAAUAUUCUGCUUCCGAGUUUACCAACAAGGAAGAAUUCGAGAAAGAGCUCGUGCGUCACAUCGAGACGACUCUUGCUCGAUCCCUGUACAACUGCGAUGAGAAUGCAGCUUACUCGGGUACGGCCCUCGCAUUCCGAGACCGGUUAAUCAUCGAAUGGAACAAAACUCAGCAGCGCCAGACAUUUACCGACCAGAAGAGGGUCUACUAUCUCUCUCUUGAGUUUCUGAUGGGUCGCGCUUUGGACAAUGCCAUGCUCAAUGUAGGCAUGAAAGACGCUGCCCGAGAUGGACUCAGCGAUCUUGGUUUCCGUAUCGAGGAUGUCAUCGCCCAGGAACACGAUGCAGCGCUGGGCAACGGUGGCCUUGGACGUCUGGCGGCUUGUUUCCUGGAUAGCAUGGCGACACUCAAUUAUCCCGCAUGGGGGUAUGGUCUCCGCUACCGCUAUGGAAUAUUCAAGCAGGAAAUUGUCAAUGGCUAUCAAAUGGAGGUCCCAGACUACUGGCUUGACAACAACCCGUGGGAAUUCCCGCGACACGAGAUUACUGUCGACAUCCAAUUCUAUGGUCGCGUGAAGAAUCACCAGAAUGAAAAUGGCAAGGUCGUUCACACGUGGGAAGACGGAGAAAUUGUCCAAGCUGUCGCAUACGACGUGCCCAUUCCUGGUUAUGGCACCAAGACCACCAACAACCUCCGGCUCUGGUCCAGCAAGGCGAGCAGUGGAGAGUUUGACUUCCAGAAAUUCAAUGCUGGUGACUACGAAAGUGCGGUGGCCGACCAACAAAAUGCCGAAACAAUCUCAGCCGUACUCUAUCCCAAUGAUAAUCUGGAGCGAGGCAAGGAACUUCGACUGAAGCAGCAGUACUUCUGGUGUGCAGCCUCUCUGUUUGAUAUCGUGCGGCGAUUCAAGAAGACCCGGAGAGCUUGGAACGAAUUCCCUGACCAGGUGGCCAUUCAACUGAAUGACACACAUCCCACCCUUGCCAUCGUUGAGCUCCAGCGUAUUCUGAUCGAUGAAGAAGGGCUUGAGUGGGACGAGGCAUGGAACAUUGUGACCAAGACCUUCGGGUACACCAAUCACACUGUACUGCCAGAGGCCUUGGAAAAGUGGUCUGUUCCUCUCAUGCAGAACCUGCUUCCUCGACACCUGCAGCUUAUUUACGACAUCAACCUGUUUUUCUUGCAGACUGUUGAGAAGCGUUUCCCAAAGGAUCGGGAAAUGCUGUCCCGCGUCUCCAUUAUCGAGGAGUCUCAUCCCAAGAUGGUGCGAAUGGCCUACCUUGCCAUCAUCGGUUCUCACAAAGUGAACGGAGUUGCUGAAUUGCACUCGGAUCUCCUGAAGACAACCCUCUUCAAAGAUUUCGUGGAGAUUUAUGGGCCCGAUCGUUUCACCAAUGUGACCAACGGCGUCACUCCCCGAAGAUGGCUGCACCAGGCCAACCCGUUGCUUUCUGCCUUGAUUGCAGAGAAAUUGGGUGGCCAUGAGUUCCUGACAGAUCUGACGCUUUUGGAUAAGCUCGAGGCCUUUGUCGACGACAAGGACUUCCGGCACGAGUGGGCUCACAUCAAGACCAUGAACAAGCUUCGCCUUGCCAAAUUCAUCAAGAGCACCACUGGCCAUGAGGUGGAUCCCAACUCUCUGUUUGAUAUACAAGUGAAGCGUAUUCAUGAAUACAAGCGCCAGCAGCUCAACAUAUUCGGGGUCAUCCAUCGAUACCUCACCAUCAAGGACAUGUCGGCCGAAGAGAAGAAGAAGGUCGUCCCACGAGUUUCGAUCUUUGGCGGUAAAGCAGCGCCCGGAUACUGGAUGGCCAAGACGAUCAUUCACCUCAUCAACAAGGUCGCAGAUGUGGUCAACAAGGACGCAGAUAUUGGGAACCUCCUCAAGGUCAUUUUCAUCGAGGACUACAAUGUCAGCAAAGCGGAGAUCAUCUGCCCGGCUUCCGACCUCAGCGAACACAUUUCCACAGCUGGCACAGAGGGUAGCGGUACGAGCAACAUGAAGUUCGUCAUGAACGGAGGUCUAAUCAUAGGAACUUGUGAUGGUGCCAAUAUCGAAAUCACUCGCGAAAUCGGCGAGAACAACAUUUUCCUCUUCGGUAACCUCGCCGAAGACGUCGAGGAACUCCGCCACCGACACUUCUAUGGCGACUUCCAGCUCGACCCGCAACUGGCCAAGGUCUUCGCCGCGAUCAAGAGUAACAUGUUCGGCGAUGCAGCCGACUUCUCCGCUCUGACCGCAUCCAUCGAAGAGCACGGCGAUUACUAUCUCGUCUCCGAUGACUUCAACUCCUACAUUACCACCCACGGAAUGGUGGAUGAAGCGUUCAAAAACAAGGAGGAGUGGCUAGCCAAGUCGAUUACCAGUGUUGCGCGCAUGGGAUUCUUCUCCACUGACCGCGUUAUCAACGAGUAUGCCGAUAGCAUCUGGAAUGUCGAGCCGCUUGAGAUUAAGGAUUGA